AAGGGCCCCUAGCGCCAGACAUUAGUACUGGCCUGGCUGAUUACUCCUACUAUCGGCUCCACAGCUCGAACAUCGCAGUGUUGUCGAGGCGCAAACCCGGUCAGGCGUAUGGACGGACAGGCGCGCGCGGCUCCGCACAUCCCUCCCUACCGCCCGGUGCACUGAUCGGACUACACCGACGACUCGUUCCUGGCAGUGUAUCUGGGCUCUUCUCCUCGCUCCGGUCUCUCACACUGCAGGGCCUCUUCAGUUUACAGGAAAAAAGUGGGUGUUUGCUGCUCACUGGGGUUCCGGCAGCGGCGGCGGCGGCGGCGAGCGCAGCAGCGAAGUGUCCUCGAUGGCAGGCUGGAAGGACGGCUCGGUGCAGGAGAAGUACCGGCUGGUGGUGGUCGGAGGCGGCGGGGUCGGGAAAUCAGCCCUGACUAUCCAGUUUAUCCAGUCGUACUUUGUCACCGACUAUGACCCAACAAUUGAAGACUCUUAUACCAAGCAGUGUGUGAUUGACGAAAGGGCGGCCAGGCUUGACAUCCUCGACACGGCUGGACAGGAAGAGUUUGGAGCCAUGAGAGAACAAUACAUGAGGACAGGGGAGGGCUUCCUGCUCGUCUUCUCAGUCACUGACAGAGGAAGCUUUGAAGAAAUCUACAAAUUCCAAAGACAGAUUCUCCGAGUGAAAGACAGAGAUGAAUUCCCUAUGAUCCUGGUAGGAAACAAAGCAGAUCUGGAACUACAGAGACAAGUAACCCAGGAAGAGGGCCAACAGCUGGCCAGACAACUGAAGGUCACAUAUAUGGAGGCUUCAGCCAAAAUCCGUAUGAACGUAGACCAGGCUUUCCACGAGCUGGUUAGAGUAAUCAGGAAAUUCCAAGAACAGGAAUGUCCUCCGUCGCCAGAACCUACAAGAAAAGAGAAAGACAAGAGCGGCUGCCAUUGUGUGAUCGUCUGAGUCGGCCUUAUCACUGUAACUCAUGCAGCUACUCUCUCCCACCCGCCCCCCCCCCCCACCCCCCCACUCUGCCUGACAUCACAUCCUCCGUGGAUGACUGACCGCUGCCUUCUCCACGUGCAUGACUUCAGACAGCCUUUUCUGAGAUACUCUGACCAGGAACUGCUGUCCCCAGGACAUCACUAUGGACAACUGACAAUGCCAAAUUUUAACACCACUCUACCUUCAGCCGUAAUCUUAAAUUCACACGAGAGAGUCCCAACACUAAACAUUGCCUUCUAAAAUCAGCCUGACAAAUUAAUGUUUUGUACUCUGAAGGACUUCUCUUGCCUUGUAGUGACAUUUGUACUUGCUACCGAGAUUGAAUGAAAACUAUAUAUAUCCAGAAUGUUUCUUUAGUUUCCGGUGUCUGACCAGAGCAGAGAGAUUAUCUUAUGAAGCUUUGUGUAUGUUGUGCCAUAUCCACCUUUACUCCCAUGUGCUAAUCUGCUACUGUACAUAUGUGACAUUUGUUGUGAUUUUCAAAGUGUACUUCUAAUGAUCUAUUAAAUCACCACAGUACAGUGUGUGAGGUUGAGUUUGGUUUUACAUAUAUGAAAGUGAAUAUAUAAGUAUGUAUAUAAAUAUAAAGCCUAGAAAGCCCUUAAAGCUACAAUGAUAGAACUUUUUUGGCAUUCUGCAGUGGAUUCUUCUUCUUCGUCUGUGGUUUCUGCUUUCAUCUCAAUUGCCAAAUAUGGAGUGUCUACUGUAUUUGAUUUUUUUUUUAAAAGUCUUAUAGAAUUGAAGCAUUCUGAUCUCGUCAAUGUACCGAAAGUAGCAAAUUUGUCUGAAUUUCUCUCCUCGAAGGUGGCGGUUCAGUCAAAAUUGGACGUGAUAUACAUUGUUUCAGAUUUCUACGGAGCAGUAGAUACAUUUAUCGGUAGCACAUUGUGUAUCUUUGACGACUAACAAUGAUUUCAGAACAAAACGCUGAACACUGUAUGCUCUAUAUUCAAGUAAUGUUAUUAUCCAAUCCAUUUGUUGCAAAUCAAGAAGCUUUUCAGAGCGCAGUUCAGUUCAGAUCAUUCCAAUGUAACGCAUCUUUUUCUGUCAAACACUUCUACGUCUACGAUAUCGAUCAAAUAACUGUUUUAUCAUUCCAAUAACACAGUGGCAAUGUUUUUGUUUUGUGUCCUUGAAUUAUUCUGUUACAUUACCCCCUUUUUUCUCCCCAAUGAUCUGUCAGUUGGAAAAACGUGGAGGCACUGAGAUGCACAUUGUUAAGAAAAAAAAAAGAAAAGAAAAGCCGUUUCUCCGACGGGACUUGAACUCACCGGACCUGCCACCUGUGGAGCUAUCAUCAACCACCACAGACACAAAAUACUCUUCUGCCUUCCCUCGUCCACUUCUGUACUUCUGUUCGGGCAUAAAAAUGAAGUACUGCAGUUUGUUUUUCAUAUCAUCAUCUUGUAAUAUAAACAAGAAAAUCAGAUGAUGGAAGUAAUGGACUUGAUUAAAUGUUUCUACUCUACUUUUAUACAUUAUUUUCUUAUCAAACUAGUUGACAAGUAUUUUUAUAUGUUUAUAAGUGAACUCACAUUCACGGCGUAGCUGUGUAUAUAUGUAAAGAGGAAUAUUUAAUUCUCUUGAUUAUUUUAAGUGAAGAUGACUGUUGGCCCAAAUUUACAAAAUUGGAUUCUUCACCCAGAUGU